AUGAAUAAAAUUUUAGCCACUGAAAUAUUUCCAGACAUAGAAGAAAAUAAAUUUGCUCCUAUUCAAAAAUAUUUUUCAAGUUCAAAAGAUUUAUUCUUAAUUGAUUUUAUAAAUAAUAAAGAAGAUAAUAGUUUCGAAAAUAGUAACAAUAAUAUGUUACAUGAAAAAAAAAAAAAAAAAAUAUAUAAAAGUGUAUUUGAACGUUUAACAGAUCAGACAUUUUAUACAGGGACUCAUAAAAAGAAAUUCGAGGCAUUGGUAAAAUGUAAAUUGAAUGAACAAAAUGUGGAUAAUUAUUUGUCUAAAAAUUUAGAAACGCAUAAAAAUGAAAAAAAUGCAAAAAAAAAUGAAAAAAAAAAUGAAAAAAGUGAAAAAAAAGAGAAAAAAUUAGUAGUUACCCCAGGAAUACUUGGUAUACAAAAAUAUGGAAUUCAAAUUGCUCAUCCAAAAAGUAUUUGGCUAUAUCGAAAUGGAGAUAAACAUCAUAAUGGGUUACUUUUCUUUAUUAAGUCUCAUAUAAAUAAUCUAAAAUUAUUAUUGUUUGAAAUUACAAAAGUAUUAAAUCCUAUCAUUGGUCCCAUACGUAAAAUAUAUGAUCAAAAUUUCAGACUCAUAAAAAAUAUACAACAACUUAAUGAUGGUUCCAAAUAUUUAUGCACCUCAGGCGACCCACCAGCACCCAUCGACCAUCUUGGAAAAUUUAAAUCCAAGUGGGUUAUACAAUGA